UUUUUUUUUUUUUUUUUUUUUAUUAUUGUGUGCGUGUUGUGUGUGUGUGUGUUCGUCUUGUCGUGCUGUGCUGGAUGACGGUGGCCACAGCCAUCGACAACAAUCCCAAAGCGGUGACGACCAAGAUGCUGAUUUGCAUUUCUGGCUUUGUCGUCGGGACGGCCGAGAUGGUGGUCAGUGGCGACGGGAACUACGCUUCGUCAUCCAACGGCCAAUGUCUUCUUCACGUCCGAUCACGACUCCAACAGCAGCUGUUAUCACCUCAACAACAACAACAUCAACAGCAACAGCAAAUGACGUCCGCUAAUGGGACGUGCACGGCCGCUUUGAUGAAGAAAACGCUGCCCGUCCGACCCGGAGACGACGUUGUGAAACGCACUCGCUCCAUGAAUGUGUACGAAAUGUCACAAGACCUACUGGAUAAGCAGAUUGAACUGUUGGAACGGAAGUACGGCGGUCGGGGACGGGCCAAUAAUGCGGCGCGCAUCAUUCAGCGAGCCUUCCGUCACUAUUCGAUGCGACGGAAAUUCGCCACCAUCACGGCGAUGGCCAAAGCGGACCAGAGGCGACUCAGCCGCCGACUUCACAGUGAGCUGGUCGAUUCGGCCUGGUCGUGCCCGAGCAACGGCCACGACGCCUCCAACGAUCCUAUGUCAUCUGCUUCGAUGGCAGCCGCCGCCUCAUCGGCAAUGACGUCGACGGCGGCCGAUGAUUCGGUGGCGCGGGCCGAAUACGUGAUCCGUACCAAUUUCGCCGCUCUGGUUCGCGAACUGAACGAAGAAGGCGUGCGCAGUUCCAGCCGUUCGGUGGCAGCUGCCCGGCAUCACCAGCAGCAGCAGCAGCAGGUGCGGAUGUCCCCCCAACAUCAUCAGCACUUCUACCACCACCAUCAUCAUCAUCACCAGCAUUUCUACCAUCAUCAGCACAGUCAUCAUCAGAAUCAUUCGAGCGCCGGUCAUGCGUAUCAGUAUCAGCACUCGUUCGACUUGAGCCAGUACCAUCACGCUCAUUUCCAGGGAGCCAGUUCGCCUCCGCCGUCGGCCGUGCUGACCAAUGGUGUUGCCGCUGCUGGCCCAGUUCCGUCAGUGAGUCACUCGCCGUACGGCAGCCACCACCAUCACCACCACCAUCAUAACCAUCAUCAACAACAACAACAACAACAACAACAACACCACCACAACCACAGCAGCCACAACAACAAUAGCAACAAUAACCACAGUCAGGGUCAGCAGCAGCAGCUGGCCAAUGCGCAGCAGCACGGAGAAUUCCGGCGUAGCGACAGCAAGUCGUCGACGGGGCCGGCCAGCGCCAGCAAGCGGGUGCCGCCCGAAGUGCCGCGGCGCACCAGCUCGGCCUUGUCGACGAAAUCGCCGCUGGCGCCGGCCUCUCAAGGCUCCCUGGCGCACGACUCGCACCAUCCGAGGCAGCAGCCGCAGCAGCGCUCGCAGACGCCCGGAUUGCCGGAUGGCGCUCGCCCUUACCCGCCCACGGUCGAACUGGCGGCGUCCUCCGCCGCCGCCGGUUCGAGUGAAAGGCGGACGUCCAACCUGUCGGCGGAGCACAGCACCAGCGAGGACUCGUUGGAAGGCGCCGGCUACAGCAACAUUUUCUGGAGCGAGAAUGGCGGGACGGGCCAUCAUAAUCACGCGGCCACGUCGGCGUCGUCUCACGCCCACUCGUCGCCCGUGCCUUUCCCCACGGCGCCGUACGAUCGGCUCAAUGCCGGUCCGACGCCGCAGGCCGUCGCCACACCGGCCUCGGCUGCGUCUAGCCAACCGACGACUCCGGCCCAGGCCAAAGUGCUGGAGAGCAUCCGCAAGCGUCAGUACCGCGUCGGCCUCAAUCUCUUCAAUAAGAAGCCGGAGCGAGGCGUCGCCUAUUUAACGCAAAAGGGAUUCCUCGAAGCCAGUCCGCGGGCCGUGGCGAAAUUCUUCAUCUCGCGCAAGGGCGUCAGCAAGCAGAUGAUUGGCGAGUACCUGGGCAAUUUGCAGAAUCCCUUCAAUAUGGCGGCCCUGGAUUUCUUCAUCGAGGAACUCGAUUUCGCCGGUCUGGACAUUGACGUCGCCCUCAGACGCUUCCAGACGUAUUUCCGUAUGCCGGGCGAAGCCCAAAAAAUUGAAAGAUUAAUGGAAGUCUUUGGCCAGCGUUACUGCCAGUGCAACCCGCAAGUCGUCGCCCGCCUACGUAAUCCCGACACGGUCUUUAUCCUCGCCUUUGCCGUCAUCAUGCUCAACACUGACCUCCACACUCCCAGCAUUAAAGCCGAUAAGCGGAUGAAGUUGGAGGAUUUUAUCAAGAACUUGAGAGGGAUCGAUGACGGUGCCAAUGUCGACCAGGACGUGCUGGUCGGCAUCUAUGAACGGGUGAAAGCGACCGAGUUCAAACCGGGCGCCGAUCAUGUGACUCAGGUGCUGAAAGUGCAACAGAGCAUCGUCGGCAAGAAACCCAAUUUAGUGCUACCUCAUCGGCGGCUCGUCUGCUACUGUCGCCUCUACGAAGUGGCCGACGCCGGACGACGGGAGCGCCCAGGCCUCCACCAGCGCGAAGUCUUUCUCUUCAACGACAUCCUCGUCGUCACGAAAAUCUUUAGCAAAAAGAAGAACGGCGUCACCUAUUCGUUCCGCCAGAGUUUCCAAUUGGCCGGCCUCAACGUGUCCUACUUUGAAUCCCAUCAUUACCCGUUUGGAAUACGGUUAUCGCAACGGGUGGACGGGCGCACGCUCAUCAUGUUUAAUGCCCGUAACGACCAUGACCGCGCUAAAUUUUGCGAGGAUCUUCGUGAGGCCAUUUUGGAAAUGGACGAGAUGGAGAAUUUACGCAUCGAAGGCGAACUGGACAAGCAGCGAUCGGCGGCCAGGAUCAGCCGAGCGCCGACGACGCCGACCUCGCACCAGCCGCCGACUGCGACUUUGCUGGCGGCCAACGGCGUGGGCGGUGCCAACACGUCGCUCUUGGCAUCGGGCAGGGACAAUCGGGACAGCGGAGUGGCCGACAUGGAUCACAACGGCUCCGUCACGACGCUGGAAGAGACUUGCACGCCCAUCGCGCGGCGGACGAGUAACGGCGUCGGCCACCAGCGUUCGGUGGUCAUCCGGGACGCGACCGGCCGCAGCGAAGCGACGCUGAAGCGGACGACGUUGAGCAACUCGUUGCUGGACAUUCACGAUCCGGCCGAGCGCUAUCAGCGCCGGGGCAGCGUCGGCUCGCUCGACUCUGGCAUGUCCAUUUCGUUCCAGUCGUCGACGACCAACAGCACGAUGAGCCGCGAUUCGUCGCCCAAGAAUCUGCAGCAUCAGCAACCGCCCGUCUCUGCCGCCACGGGCAAAGUUCGAGGACUCCAGCACCAGUCUUCCUUCUUGGGAAACAUCUUCCACAAGGCGCGCGAGCGCAAAAAUUCUCGCGGAUCCGAUUGCGCCAACGCUGCAGCGGCACCAACCGCCGUCAAUGUCAACGUGACGGUCGUGACUGGAACGCCGGCCAAACAGCCACCGCCUGCCAACGGCAGUUAUCCGACGCCUCACUGCACCGACGUCUAAAUUUUUUUUUAUUUUUUGGUUUUUUUUUUUUUUCUUGAAAGAAACGGACGGAAUCAUCAGCUGUUCCUCAUCUUGUUUUCUUCUCUUCACGCUGUCUGUCCUGUUCCUUGUGAAAGGCUUUUUGUCAUCAUCAUCAUCAUCAUCAUCAUCAAUUUUUUUUUUCUUAUUAUAUUUUCUUCUUCCUUCUUCUUCUUUCAAAAGCAAAAAAAAAAAACAAAAACAAAAAUUAUGUUGUAGAUUAAAGAAUUACGCUGUUUCUUUCAGUUUGUUCAAUCCUCCUUUUCUUUUUCUUACUCUCUUUAUUCGAGCCAACAAACAAAAGAAAUGCUUUAUCCGAUGAAUUCCUGCCCCUCCGAAAAAAAAAAAAAAACCCUCCCCGACAUCCCAGCAGCGGCUUCUUGUCACAAAAGAUUGCUCGGCAUGUUUUUGUUUUGUUUUUUUUUUGCGUCGGAACUAGUCACAACGGGGAGAGAGAGCGAGAGAGAGAGAGACAGAGAGCGCAAACGGGGCGAAAGAAAAACCAAACAAAAAAAACAAAACAAAACAAAAUCAAAUGUUAACCAAAAGAUGAUGUAAACCACAUAACAUACACACACACACGCAGACAAGCCUAACCUGAUGAUGAUGGAAACAUUUCUUUCUUUCUUUACAUGUUUUUAAAAAUAAUUUUUGGUUUUCCUCCUCUUCUUUUCUUUUCUGUGUGUGUGUGUAUCUCUCUUGUUCUAGACCGUCUAGUCGCUCCUACCCCGACAUCCUCGAUUGCAUGAUUAACAAACAAAAAAAAAAAAAAUUUAUAAUUCAGCUAGUGAUUUAACCCACACACACACAUAUAUAUAUAUAUAUUAUCACAAUUCUAUUCUAUGUAAAACAAAAACAAUUUCGCAUAAGCUAUAACGUUGGUAAAGAAAAAAAAAAAAAAUGAAUUGAACGAAUACCAGGAAACGAUGCAUUUCUUCUCGGCCGGAGUUCCAAAAUAUUGUAUUUAAAUGAAAAAAAAAAAAAAAUAAUAAUAAUAAUAUGAAAAGACAUCAGCCAUUUUCUUCAUAUGCGUCAUGAUGUAUCCGUUUUGUGUGUGCAACCUUUUUUUUUUUUUUUUUUUCAUUUCUAUUUUUCUAUCUUUCAUUCUUCUUUUUUUUUUUUUUUUUUUUUUUUUUUUUCUACGUGUACAUUUGCGAGAGGAGGUCGAAUCUUGUGUUUGUUUUCCUCCGUUUUCGCUCAUCUUCUUCCUCGCUCGGUUGGAUUUUGUCACUUUCUCUUUCCCAUGCAUCGUCAGCCUGAGGAAGAAAAUACGAAACGAUACCUUUCUC